AUGGAUUCAAACGAUUCAAUCGGCACCACAACUGCCAUAACCUCCGGUUCCGCCAAUUGGACCUCCGAUGAGAAGCCGUUGCGACGUCUCCUCGAGUCGGAAGACUCCAGUUAUGACUCGGACUACGAGAACAACGAUGCGGACCAACAGUCGUCGACCGUCGCGAAGAGUGGCUUCAGUGGCGGACAUCACGACGAAGUGUCGCGAACCGCAUCCGACACGUUGGGACAGGAGUACGACGAAUACGUCACCACCAGUCCUAUGCCGCAGCCGACUCUUCUGGAUCUGAUUAUAUGUGAUCCGAAUUACAUAAAGUCAGUGGAGUUUGCACUCAAACUGGGCUACAGUGAGACUCAGGUGCAGAUCGCGCUCAUGAAGUUGGGUCCGUCGGCCGGUCAGAACGAGUUGUUGGCCGAACUCAUCAAACUGGGCUCCGGCAACACCGGCGGCGGAAGUAAUAUUUCAGUGUUCAGUGGUUUAGGAAAAACAUUAGUUUCGUCUUUGAUUAACGACACGAUUAGCGACGAAGACAACGACAGUCUAAACCUGAGGCCAAUUGUGAUCGACGGCAGUAACGUUGCCGUCAGUCACGGCAAUAAAGUGUGCUUCUCUUGUAUGGGCAUCAAAAUCUGUGUGGAAUGGUUUCAGGCGCGCGGACACCGAGAGAUCAUAGUGUUUGUGCCGAUGUGGCGCAAAGAGGUGGCCCGACCUGACGCUCCCAUCAAAGACCAAGAGAUUCUGUCACAACUGGAAGCCGAGCGACUGUUGGUGUUUACGCCGUCGCGUAAUGUCGGCGGCCGUCGUAUGGUUUGUUACGACGACCGCUAUAUUCUGAAACUCGCGGCACAAAACGAUGGGAUCGUUGUGUCGAAUGACAACUAUAGAGAUCUCACAAACGAAAACCCAGAGUACAAAAAGGUGGUCGAAGAGCGGCUACUCAUGUAUUCGUUCGUAAACGACCGGUUUAUGCCACCCGACGACCCGCUCGGCCGUCACGGGCCCUCACUUAACAACUUUCUGCGCAAACGGCCCAAACCGCCCGACGUAUUGCCGCCUCCGUGUCCUUACGGCAAGAAGUGUACGUAUGGUAACAAAUGUAAAUACUAUCACCCGGAGAGGGGGAAUCAACCGCAUAAGUCGGUCACCGAACGACUCGCAGAACAGGCGAAGAUCCAGAUCCAGGAGAUGAAGAUGAGAGGCAAAAGCCGGGAGUCAUCGCCCGGCGACUCGAAGCUGAAGAUCACUCAUAGUCUACCGCUUCAGAUGAGUGGUGAGAUGUCGCGCAAAAAGGAACCGCUUUCUCGAACCAAAUCUGUGAUUCCCAGCAAAUCAUUACCACUCGAAGACGACCACAAUAUGUUCACUACUCAGCCAUUUGUCAGACAUAUGUUUCCCGAUAAGUCUCACAAUUCCGAGCGCAAGAGUACUGAGAAUUUACACCCAAAACUUCAGAGACAGUUAACGCUAAAUCCCAAUUACGACCCAAGACUUCAAGCACUGCAGCAUAACUUAAUACACAACCGAUCGGACCGUUCAUCGGGUGUUUGUGCGCCCAUCGGAACCAAACAAAACCGACUGUCGGGCGGAGACUCACAUCAGCAGCUGAGACGCAUGGGCUCUGACGGGCCCACUCUGGCCAAUAUGCAGAGGCAAAACCUACUCUACGUGCCCAACACUCAAUACCAAACGGCCCAAUCGCAGGACUCGUUGCAUACAUUAGUCACACGCAAUGCAUCGGCACCGGACUCCUCGUCGAAUUGGCCGUCCAGUUGCUCGCCAUCGAUGGGAAGACUCAAUUCGACGUCAGACACGCGGCUCAACAUGACUCCACCGCCCGCUCCCUUUCCCAAUCAAAUAUGGUCUACGAGUUCCGGAGGUCUUAUUGUGCCACCCGUUCCGUCGAGUCCGUGGAACCGAUCGGAUAACUCAUCGCAAUAUCACCACAACUCGAUGUCGGCGGCGCCGGUGAGGCCGUCGAGUGUUCCGCUGCACGAAUUUAAGGCCGCAAUACAUCAGCCGCAGGCUCUCCGACCGAUGAGACCGGUUUCGCCAAACCUUCAGAACGACUCGCGACGCAAACUCUACUACCAUUUGUCGUCCAUCUUUCCUAAGGAUCAGGUGAGGACUGCUAUGGAGUUGUGUCCCGAAGAGACAAAUCCGCAAAACAUUUGCGCCGCUAUUAUAGCGCUAUUUCCGAAGAAGUGUUAA